AUGAAUCCUGAAGAUGCAGGUUCAUUAUUAGAAGAACCCAUCACUGAUCGUCAAAAGAAUACAGCAGCAUAUUGGAAUGAAAGAGCAUUCAUUUAUAUCAUGGGUAAUUGCUUAUCAAAUAGUGGAUACCUUGUAAAACGAACUAUAUUUCUUUUACCAUAUACUAUUCUAGGUCCUGAUGAAUACUUUUAUAAACGACAACAACAUCAAGUGACAACAAAUCCAAAUAAUAGUCAAGUAUCCAAUGUAGGUUCACCUACGAGAAGUAAUGAAGAACUUAUUGGUGCAUCUGAUCAAUGGGAAAAAAUGAUUCAACACUACCAACGAAAACCUAAAAAAAAAUAA